GACAACCGUGCCACCACCGAGUCCCUAGACUGGCUAUUUCAUUUAAGUACUGGCUACUCCUAUUUUGGGAAUCCAUUCAUUAUUAUUCCAUGCUCUAGCAACCAUUCCAAAUUGGGUAGCAUUGUGUGUGCCUUUUGCACACCUCUCACUUGUACUUCCUCCUACAGAGUCAUCCUUUUUCUGACGUCGACUUGGAAAUCCUAGUCCCACCUUCACCAUCCCGAAUUCCUAUCGCUAUCUAGACUUUCCCCCCCAACUUCUCGAACACGAGUUAUUCCACUCGUUUGAAUCUUUCUUCCAUCUUGAGUACACUCACGCUUCCAUCUACUGAUCUGCCAAAGUGAUUAGGCGUCAGAGAAAUCACUGCAGAAGCACAGUAGGAAAAAAUGUUGUUUUCUCGCCUCUUUUCAGUCAGUUUACUGGCUGCGGGAGUGCAUGCUCAAGCAACUUCAGAAAGUACUUCGUCUUCGAGUUCGAGUUCAAGAUCUAGCACAGGUUCCACGUCCACGGAAACUGAUUUAACCACAAUAACGGGCUCGGAAUUAAGAACUCCUACUGGGUCUUAUCUUUCUCUUUCCACUACAAUUACGCUUUCUACAUCUUCAUCCCCUGUGUCGACUAAAGCUAUAGUCUCGACUUCGACUGGUAGCACCACCACUCGCACCACCACUUUGGGAUCAACUACAAUCUAUGCAAUUGGCACAGAGACAUUGACCGGAAAUGCAACAGAGUCAACCAGUUCCGCCACACAAAUUGUUCUGACGGGUGGCGGACACCAUACCACUACCACGGCCAUCAAUGGAACAUCCAAUUCAACCGCCACAUCCACAUCUAGCUCUGCCGUAGCAACCAACACCACUCCCUGCAACAACUAUGUUGAAUUCUGCGACCGUAGUUACGGAAACAUCACCGAAGUGUCUGCACACAAUUCUCCGUUUGUGAGAAGCGGGAGCGCGGCUGCAAAUCAAGCAUUGGAUGUGACAACCCAGCUCAACGAUGGAAUCAGAUUAUUACAAGCUCAAAUUCAAUGGAAUGGAAGCAUUCCACAUUUCUGCCAUACUUCCUGUGACAUAUUGGACGCCGGUCCUAUUACAACGUAUCUUAGCGAAGUCUACGAUUGGGUGCAAGCACAUCCCUUUGACGUCGUUACCAUUCUGCUCGGCAAUGGAAAUUAUUCCAAAGUCGACAAAUACGUUCCCUUCAUCGAAGAAUCUGGUCUUCAAAAUUACGCAUACGUACCACCCAAGAUCCCCAUGGCGUUGGACGAUUGGCCUACCCUCGCCAGCAUGAUUCUCAGCGGAAAGAGAGUCGUGUUCUUCAUGGACUACGAAGCAAACCAAACCGCCUAUCCAUGGAUUCUCGACGAGUUCACUCAAAUGUGGGAGACUCCCUUUGAUCCCACCAAUCGCUCGUUCCCAUGUACACCACAACGCCCACCCAACCUUCUCGAUUCCGAUGCGAAGACACAUCUCUACAUGACGAAUCAUAAUUUGAACUAUGAUAUCAAUCUCCUAGGCAUUUCACUGUUGGUCCCGUAUCAAAAUUUAUUGAAUGAGACGAAUAAUGUCACGGGAUAUGGAUCGUUGGGCGAGAAUGCCGAACAAUGUGCUCAGGAUUGGGGCUUUCCACCUAAAUUCCUGAAUGUAGAUUUCUAUAAUGUGGGAGAUGGAAGUGUAUUUGAAGUUGCCGCGAAGUGGAAUAAUGUUACCUAUACUCGAGAAUGCUGUGGUAGUUCGGCGACCAGUGAUGCUGGAAGACUUGAUGUGGUAGGGAGAAGUGCAAUGAUGGUUGUGAUGGGAGUAGUGGGUUUCAUGUACUUUGGAUUGUGAGGUGAAGGAAUGAAUUGGAUUGGAUUUCUGGAUCUGUGUAUAGAUGGGCAUAAAUAAUUCAUUGAUAUCAGUGGGGGUUUACUUUUGAUAUCUGGAUGAUUUGAAAAUGCUUUGCUUUACAUUGCAUGCAUACAUGGAAUGGCGUUUGGGAUAUCUAGCUUGGAGACUUGGAGACGGGUAUGCUUGCUUGAAUAAGGAAUUAUGAAUAGAUUAUUGGUAUUAGGUCGCUGGGAUGGAGACGGAUAUAUGGUGGGUAUAUAAAAGAUGUAAUUGAUGGAAUGUUUUUA